AUGCAUUUAGCGAGCAGCGGCCACCUUCCAGAGCGGCCACUCCAGAGCGCCACCUUCCAGACCACCUCUCAGAGCGGCCACCUUCCAGAGCCACCUUCCAGGCGGCCACCUCUCAGAGCGGCCACCUUCCAGAGCAGAGCGGCCACCUUCCAGAGCGGCCACCUUCCAGAGCGGCCACCUUCCAGAGCGGCCACCUUCCAGAGCGGCCACCUCUCAGAGCGGCCACCUUCCAGAGCGGCCACCUUCCAGAGCGGCCACCUUCCAGAGCGGCCACCUCCCAGAGCUCCAGAGCGGCCACCUUUCCAGAGCGGCCACCUUCCUUCAGAGCGGCCACCUCCCAGAGCGGCCACCAGAGCGGCCACCUUCCAGAGCGGGCACUCCACGAUGCGACCGGACUGA